UAUGGAGUAUCACAAUUAUUAGUUAUCCUAUCAGAUUAUUGUAUAUAACACCCUCUAGUACCAUAGAUAAUAGAGAGGGUAUGGAGUAUCACAAUUAUUAGUUAUCCUAUCAGAUUAUUGUAUAUAACACCCUCUAGUACCAUAGAUAAUAGAGAGGGUAUGGAGUAUCACAAUUAUUAGUUAUCCUAUCAGAUUAUUGUAUAUAACACCCUCUAGUACCAUAGAUAAUAGAGAGGGUAUGGAGUAUCACAAUUAUUAGUUAUCCUAUCAGAUUAUUGUAUAUAACACCCUCUAGUACCAUAGAUAAUAGAGAGGGUAUGGAGUAUCACAAUUAUUAGUUAUCCUAUCAGAUUAUUGUAUAUAACACCCUCUAGUACCAUAGAUAAUAGAGAGGGUAUGGAGUGUCACAAUUAUUAGUUAUCCUAUCAGAUUAUUGUAUAUAACACCCUCUAGUACCAUAGAUAAUAGGGAGGGUAUGGAGUAUCACAAUUAUUAGUUAUCCUAUCAGAUUAUUGUAUAUAACACCCUCUAGUACCAUAGAUAAUAGGGUAUGGAGUAUCACAAUUAUUAGUUAUCCUAUCAGAUUAUUGUAUAUAACACCCUCUAGUACCAUAGAUAAUAGAGAGGGUAUGGAGUAUCACAAUUAUUAGUUAUCCUAUCAGAUUAUUGUAUAUAACACCCUCUAGUACCAUAGAUAAUAGAGAGGGUAUGGAGUGUCACAAUUAUUAGUUAUCCUAUCAGAUUAUUGUAUAUAACACCCUCUAGUACCAUAGAUAAUAGGGAGGGUAUGGAGUAUCACAAUUAUUAGUUAUCCUAUCAGAUUAUUGUAUAUAACACCCUCUAGUACCAUAGAUAAUAGAGAGGGUAUGGAGUAUCACAAUUAUUAGUUAUCCUAUCAGAUUAUUGUAUAUAACACCCUCUAGUACCAUAGAUAAUAGAGAGGGUAUGGAGUAUCACAAUUAUUAGUUAUCCUAUCAGAUUAUUGUAUAUAACACCCUCUAGUACCAUAGAUAAUAGGGAGGGUAUGGAGUAUCACAAUUAUUAGUUAUCCUAUCAGAUUAUUGUAUAUAACACCCUCUAGUACCAUAGAUAAUAGAGAGGGUAUGGAGUAUCACAAUUAUUAGUUAUCCUAUCAGAUUAUUGUAUAUAACACCCUCUAGUACCAUAGAUAAUAGAGAGGGUAUGGAGUAUCACAAUUAUUAGUUAUCCUAUCAGAUUAUUGUAUAUAACACCCUCUAGUACCAUAGAUAAUAGAGAGGGUAUGGAGUAUCACAAUUAUUAGUUAUCCUAUCAGAUUAUUGUAUAUAACACCCUCUAGUACGGUAUAAAAUAGACGGUAAUAAUAUGGUUUCAGGUAACUGACCCGUUACUGAGUAUUAAACGGACACUCCUCCUCAUUAUCAAUAGUAUUACGUAAUGUACAAACUCUAUUCGACUUUGCCAAGUUCUGAUAUCUUCCAGCUUAACAUCAUGCACUAAAUUAUAUAAUCUAGGAGUGGAUUUUCUGUAACGUUCGACACAGGUGUCCAAACUGUCGGUGUGUAUAGCCUGGAUCCGGUUAAAUAGACCAGACAAAGAAUGAUUCAGAUUUUUUAAAACAUAAUUUAAAUGCUGAAAAAAGAUCUUGUUCAACAAGGAAGAUUAAAGGCAUAAUAUACAACAGUGUUUGAUUAAAACGUUAUUUGAUCAGGUGCCCAACAUAAAAAAAAUUAUCACGACUUCCUGGUUGGUUCAUAAAAAAAAAAUCAAAAUAACAGCUAUGAGUUAUUUGAAAACGAGAUAUUAAGAUAUUAAACAGUAAUUACAUUAUGAAGCCCCCUGAUUAAAUUAGGCUGAUAAUUUUCACAUUCAUAUCGAAUUUCACAGCCAAACAAUAUUUAGAACACAUUGUAGUUCGACAGAAGCCACAGACUGUCCUUAAAUUAAAACGUCUAUUUAUACACCUUCGAACCGUUAAGCUAUUUCGGUAGAAAGUCAUUCGCUGUACAUCAUCCGGACCUAUUCGAAUCGGUGAUAUCAAUCUAUGUAUAUAAACGGUUAAGAAUGCAUAGAAAAAAUCGGCCCACUCCCGAUUCCAGAUCCCGUUGGUGGCAGGGAAAUAGUAAAAACUGCGUCAGAAACUGCAUUGUUGGGCUGGAAGAGUUGAAGAGUUUUCAGUUCCAAUAAUAUACCCUAUACUCUCCUUCACGUCCAGUAUGUACCAACUCUCCUUCACGUCCAGUAUGUACCAACUCUCCUUCACGUCCAGUAUGUGUACCAACUCUCCUUCACGUCCAGUAUGUACCAACUCUCCUUCACGUCCAGUAUGUACCAACUCUCCUUCACGUCCAGUAUGUGUACCAACUCUCCUUCACGUCCAGUGUGUACCAACUCUCCUUCACGUCCAGUAUGUACCAACUCUCCUUCACGUCCAGUUUGUACCAACUCUCCUUCACGUCCAGUAUGUACCAACUCUCCUUCACGUCCAGUAUGUACCAACUCUCCUUCACGUCCAGUAUGUACCAACUCUCCUUCACGUCCAGUAUGUGUACCAACUCUCCUUCGCGUCCAGUAUGUACCAACUAUCCUUCGCGUCCAGUAUGUACCAACUAUCCUUCGCGUCCAGUAUGUACCAACUCUCCUUCACGUCCAGUAUGUACCAACUCUCCUUCACGUCCAGUAUGUACCAACUCUCCUUCACGUCCAGUAUGUGUACCAACUCUCCUUCACGUCCAGUAUGUACCAACUCUCCUUCGCGUCCAGUAUGUACCAACUCUCCUUCACGUCCAGUAUGUGUACCAACUCUCCUUCACGUCCAGUAUGUACCAACUCUCCUUCACGUCCAGUAUGUGUACCAACUCUCCUUCACGUCCAGUGUGUACCAACUCUCCUUCACGUCCAGUGUGUAUCAACUCUCCUUCACGUCCAGUAUGUGUACCAACUCUCCUUCACGUCCAGUGUGUACCAACUCUCCUUCACGUCCAGUAUGUGUACCAACUCUCCUUCACGUCCAGUGUGUACCAACUCUCCUUCACGUCCAGUAUGUACCAACUCUCCUUCACGUCCAGUAUGUGUACCAACUCUCCUUCACGUCCAGUGUGUACCAACUCUCCUUCACGUCCAGUAUGUACCAACUCUCCUUCACGUCCAGUAUGUGUACCAACUCUCCUUCACGUCCAGUGUGUACCAACUCUCCUUCACGUCCAGUAUGUACCAACUCUCCUUCACGUCCAGUAUGUACCAACUCUCCUUCACGUCCAGUAUGUGUACCAACUCUCCUUCACGUCCAGUGUGUACCAACUCUCCUACACGUCCAGUGUGUACCAACUCUCCUUCACGUCCAGUAUAUGUACCAACUCUCCUUCACGUCCAGUAUAUGUACCAACUCUCCUUCACGUCCAGUAUAUGUACCAACUCUCCUUCACGUCCAGUAUGUACCAACUCUCCUUCACGUCCAGUAUAUGUACCAACCCUCCUUCACGUCCAGUAUGUACCAGCUCUCCUUCACGUCCAGUAUGUACCAACUCUCCUUCACGUCCAGUGUGUACCAACUCUCCUUCACGUCCAGUAUGUACCAACUCUCCUUCACGUCCAGUAUAUGUACCAACUCUCCUUCACGUCCAGUGUGUACCAACUCUCCUUCACGUCCAGUAUAUAUACCAACUCUCCUUCACGUCCAGUAUGUACCAACUCUCCUUCACGUCCAGUGUGUACCAACUCUCCUUCACGUCCAGUGUGUACCAACUCUCCUUCACGUCCAGUGUGUACCAACUCUCCUUCACGUCCAGUAUGUGUACCAACUCUCCUUCACGUCCAGUAUGUGUACCAACUCUCCUUCACGUCCAGUGUGUACCAACUCUCCUUCACGUCCAGUGUGUACCAGGGCGAGGAGUUGA